AUGACGACCCCGGCCGCCUCCCUCAGCGCCACGAGCGCCGCACUCGUCUCCGCCUCUGGCGCUGCUCCGUCGGGUCCUGCGCCCCGUUCCGUCGCCCCGCUCGUCCUCAGCUUCUCCUCCGGCAACCACUCCAAGUGGUCCAUCUACAUGCGUGCCGCCCUGGGUCGCGCAGGCCUGAUCGGCCAUGUCGACGGCACUGUCGCCGCCAACCCCACCGACGCCGCUUGGGCCGCGGACGACUACUCCGUGCUCAACAUCCUUCACUCCGGCAUCGACGAGGACAUCGCUGACACGGGUGCCCUCUCCAUCACCGAGUACUGCCGUCGCCAAAAGUUCGUCGCCGACGCCCUCGCGGACAAUGACUCACCCGUCUAUGUGCGCGCCCUUGUCCUCAACACCCUGCGCGGCCUCAGCCCGCGGUUCGCCUCCGCCGCCACCAUCAUCUCCAUGAUGGAGCCUCUGCCCUCGUUCCUCCGGGUCCGAAGCAUGCUCCUGAUGGAGGAGAUGCAACAGGCCAACGCCGCCUCCAACACGGCAUCCACCGCCUUCGUCGCCCAGGCUCGCCCGCGCCACCACCAAUGA